UAUCUAGUCAAAUCAUCGAACCCUGCCCCUUUUUCUUCUAAUAAAUCCCCUCUUAUAAGCCCUUAAUUUCCCACCAUUUCUCAAUACCAAACCCAGAGUUUUUAAACAAGUCCAAAAUCUCCCAUAUAUCUAAGAAGAAAAAAAAAUGGGUUUAUGUAAAGAAGAGAGAACAAUUAGAGUAAUGAGAUUGUUCAAAACUCUUUUCUUCUUAAUCACUAUGGUAAUAUCACUUCUCCUUUUUUCUGCCCAAAUUCUUCUCGUCAUUGCAGACACACUUCUCCCUUCAGCAUUAUUAUCUGCUUCCCUCUCCUUUCAAAAUAUUUCUUCUCAUUUAAGUAACUAUGACUUCCAUUAUUCCCUGAUUGACAUUCCCCUUAUAUCCAUCAUUAGGUCCGCCGUCAUACUAUGUGUUUAUAGCUUAUGUGAUGGUAGGAGGCUAUCAAGAGGGCCGUACUUGGGAGUUGCAACAAUUUGUUCAGUGUGUUCUUUGGUGUUCGUAUCAUUGAAGGCUUGUUAUGUAUUUGGAGACAGUUGGAAUAGUAUGAACUAUAUGGAAAUCUCGUUGUUUUUAUGCUCGUGGACACUGGCCGUGGCACACGUAGUGGUGGCCUAUAGAAUUAGCUGCAGGGAGAGAAGAAAGCUGCUUCUUGUUUACAAUAUUGACAUUGAAGCUGUCUCCGCAUGCAAGACCGGAUCAUUUUCGAGAUAUCCUAAAGUACUCCAAGACGAAAGAAUGAAGUAAAAAGAGCAAGCAAGCAAACAAACAAACAAGUCCAUAUAUGUAGAUUGGAACAAAGUCUAGUUUGGUUGGACAAAAUCCAGUUUUGCCAGAGCCAGGUUUCAGGUGUCCGAAGGAGAUCUGUAGACUGAUUGGUCAGAGAAUAAUUUAUACGUACUAAGAUUAAAGAAGUCCAUUAGUUAUAUGAAAAUAUCGCAACUAUGUAUAUUGUGCAAAAGUGGUGUGCCUAUCGAUAUAUAGAGGUCGUGAUAUAGGACAGGACAAUUCAGCACCCAUUGCUCUGCUUAUCCAACUUGUACAGAUUUUGUUUUCUAUUUGAUGCCCAAUUAUUUUCUUAUCAGAUUAGCAGAU